ACACCCUUGUUUUUCAUUGUCAGAACACAUAAUACACUCAGCAUCACAAUCCUAUUAUUAUUCCUUGAGAAGAAGAACAAGAAAAACAAACAGAGAAGCAGAAAAAUGAAGCCCAUUGACGACAAGCAAGAGACGGUGACAAUCAGAGCAGUGAGCCACGACGAGGAAGGGAAGAAGUGGGUGGAGAAGACGGAGCUCAGCACGCACAACAUAGACACCGUCAAGUACAUCGAGAAGAAGCUCAUCAACAAGGGUGUUCACCGCAUGGACCGCCACCCUGUCGACCGCGUUGGAAUCAGCAGGCCACCGCCUAAGUCUGGCCACGGUGGCAAGUUCACCUGGGAAGGCCCUGCCAGUGAGGUUGAUAACGAGAUGAUGGGGGCGCCAGCGGCGAUGGACGAAGGGGACCCGAACUAUGUGGAUGAGGAGAACGAGGGGGGAGAAGCGGCGGCGGAGUUGGUGGUUGGAGAGGUUGAAGCGGCCAAGGUUGUGGAGGGGCGGCAAGGUGUUGCAAGGGUUGAUGUUGAUCCACGCCUGCAAGUUAACUAACUCUGGUCGUGAAUUUGUUUCAUAUGUUUUGUGUGUUAAUUUUGUUGAAUAGUAUAAUAAAAAUUUAGGUUUUGAUGGACUUAAAUAAACAAAAAGGUUCGGUGAACCACAUACUUUGUGACCGCUUAAGAUUGCUACAAAAAGUUAAAAAAAAAAAGAUUGCUACAAAAUGUACUUUUUUUUUAAACUUUUAUGGCAGUUUUAUAUCUUAAUUAAACUAAUAUAAAA